AUGGCCUCCAUAUUCACAAAAAGACUGACAAAGGAAUUAAAAGACCUCAACACGAAUCCGCCUGAAGGUGUUGUAGUGGAAGAGGCAGACAACUUGAAAUCAUGGAAAAUCAAGUUGAUUGGAGCAGCAGGGACCAUUUAUGAGGGCGAAGAAUUCAAACUAGAGUUUCGAUUUACUCCACAGUAUCCGUUAGAAGCACCAGAUGUUGUUUUUGUGAGACCAUUUGUGCCUGUUCAUCCACAGUAA